AGGAGAGAAAACCCAUUUCCAUUCCCUUUCUUUGUCUUCGCGGAGUGACAGAAGAUUUGUGUCUUCUUCAUGCCCUUCUUUCCGGAAAAACAAGUGGCUUUGUGGAUAUGAUAAAACACAUCAAAGUAUCGAUAAUGUAAAAGAUGGAGACAAGAAUGAGAUCCAGAUGUUUGGUUCUGAUGAAGAAGUCGCAACUCAGAUUCCAACUCAGGCACAGUCACUUGUUGAGGGGUCUGGAGCAGUUUUGGUCUCCGAGUAUAAACCUGUUGCCGAUGUGGACUACCUACAGGAAUUAUUAGCAAUUCAGCAACAAGGGCCUAGAGCGAUUGGUUUUUUUGGGACACGAAAUAUGGGGUUCAUGCACCAAGAACUUAUAGAGAUUCUGAGCUAUGCAUUGGUUAUAACGAAAAACCAUAUAUUUACAUCAGGAGCAUCAGGCACUAAUGCUGCUGUUAUCAGAGGAGCUCUUCGUGCUGAAAGACCAGAGCUGCUAACUGUAAUAUUGCCACAAAGUUUGAAAAAGCAACCUCCAGAGAGUCAAGAAUUACUAUCUAAAGUGAAAAAUGUAAUAGAGAAGCCCCACAACGAUCAUCUUCCGCUGAUAGAAGCCAGCAGGUUGUGCAACAUGGACAUCAUAUCACAAGUGCAGCAAGUUAUUUGUUUCGCCUUCCAUGACAGUAGACUGCUCAUGGAAACAUGCCAAGAAGCCAAGAACAUGCGAAAGAUCGUUACCCUCUUUUACCUGGAUUGAUUGCGGCCCAAAGCCUCUAAUUUAUCUGUCCAUAUAUUCUUCAAGAAAUGAAGUCUUGAUCUUGCUACUAGAUUAGACUGAACAAAAAUGGUCUUCGUUUGUCUUGUCGAGUUGGCAUACUGGCCAAAGAGGAAAAGGGGCCUCUCUAGGCCGCUUUUGGCAGAACAACGAUGGUUUUCAUUCUGUCGAUAUGUGCUAUACAAUUAGAAAUUCAAUAUAAAAUGAUUGAUUUAUUUCUCCUUA